AGGAGGCAGCAUGCUGAACGCAGCCGCCGCUCAACGCUGCCUACAAACUUGCCCGAUAUGUGACGGGACGCUUCUUUACCUUCAUGCCACCGCAGGGGUAAUAACGGGAGCCGCGCACACGCACACGGGGAGCCACACAUAACAGAAACAGCGGGCAAACAUCAGCAGCUCUGGUGAUCCACUCUGCUCAGCACAUUCUGUAAGGAAGGAGCUGUAUCUCACUGUAAUCUGAAGAGAUGAGCGGCAACAAGAAGGUGGAGGACGAGGCGGUGCUGGACCGGGGGGCAUCCUUACAGAAGCACAAGUGUGACGACGAGGAGGUAGAGGGUCACCACACUAUUUACAUCGGCGUGCACGUGCCCAAGAGUUACCGGCGUCGGAGGCGUCACCGUCGGAAAACCGGCCACAAGGACAGGAAGGAGAGGUCAACGGAGGGCACCCUUGACAAGUCGGACAACGAUGAGACCAGCAACAGCAUCCUCAAACCUCUCAUCUCACCGGCAGCAGAGAGGAUCCGCUUCAUCCUUGGGGAGGAGGACGAUGGCCCGGCUCCCCCUCAACUCUUCACAGAGUUGGAUGAGCUGCUGUCAGUGGAUGGACAGGAGAUGGAGUGGAAGGAGACGGCCAGGUGGAUUAAGUUUGAGGAGAAGGUAGAGAAAGGAGGUGAACGCUGGAGUAAACCUCACGUGGCGACGCUGUCCUUACACAGUCUGUUUGAACUGCGGACGUGCAUCGAGAAAGGCACCAUCAUGCUGGACAUGGAAGCGUCCACUCUUCCUCAGGUUGUUGACAUGAUCACUGACAACCAGAUUGAGAUCGGGCAGCUGAAAGCCGAACUGAAGGACAAAGUGAUGUACACGUUGCUACGGAAACAUCGCAAACAGACCAAGAAGUCCAACCUGCGCUCUCUGGCUGACAUCGGCAAGACGGUCUCCAGUGCAAGUAGGCUGUUUUCCAACCAGGAAAACGCUCGUAGUCCUCUUGAGAACUCUCUGACUUGCCUGUCGGGUCGCAUUUCAAUGGAGGACUUGCAGAGCCAGAGGAGUACCAGCAUGGACUGGCUUAAUAGUCCAGCCACAGCCCACAAGAACCUGACGUCCAACAGCAUGAACGACAUUUCUGACAAGCCAGUAAAAGAUCAGCUGAGGAACAAGUUCAUGAAGAAGUUGCCAAGAGACGCCGAGGCCUCCAACGUGCUGGUGGGGGAGGUGGAUUUCCUUGAUGCCCCGUUUGUGGCGUUUGUUCGUCUGCACCAGGCUGUGAUGCUGGGAGCCUUGACGGAGGUUCCUGUGCCCACAAGAUUCUUAUUCAUCCUGCUUGGACCCAAAGGCAAAGCGAAGUCAUACCACGAGAUUGGCAGAGCAAUCGCAACGCUGAUGUCCGAUGAGAUUUUCCAUGACAUUGCGUAUAAGGCCAAGGACAGACAGGACCUGCUGGCUGGUAUCGAUGAGUUCCUGGAUGAGGUGAUUGUGCUUCCUCCCGGAGAGUGGGACCCUGCCAUCAGGAUAGAGCCUCCAAAGUCUCUACCGUCCUCUGACAAAAGGAAAAACAUGUACGCAGGAGGGGAUUCUCAGAUGAAUGGAGACAUGCCUCAUGAUGGAGGUCACGGAGGAGGUGGAGGAGGUGAAGGAGGAGGAGGAGGAGGAGGAGGACACGCUGUAGGGGAUGAGCUACAGAAGACAGGAAGGUUUUGUGGCGGUCUCAUACUUGACAUCAAAAGAAAAGCGCCUUUCUUCAUCAGUGACUUCACUGACGCAAUUCACAUUCAGGCCCUGUCGGCCAUUUUGUUUAUUUACCUGGGAACUGUGACAAACGCCAUCACCUUUGGCGGCCUGCUGGGGGACGCUACAGAAAACAUGCAGGGUGUGUUGGAGAGUUUUCUGGGUACAGCGAUUGCUGGCGGGGUCUUUUGUCUGCUGGCUGGUCAACCCCUCACCAUCCUCAGCAGUACUGGUCCUGUUCUGGUGUUUGAAAGGCUGCUCUUCAACUUCAGCAGAGAAAACCAGUUUGAUUACCUGGAGUUCCGCCUGUGGAUUGGUCUGUGGUCGGCGUUCCUUUGCUUGGUGCUCGUGGCCACUGAUGCCAGCUUCCUGGUUCAGUACUUCACACGGUUCACUGAGGAAGGCUUCUCCUGCCUCAUCAGCUUCAUCUUCAUCUAUGACGCUUUCAAGAAGAUGCUUAAGCUCGCUCACCACUACCCCAUCAACUCUGAUUUUGACCUGGACUACGUUACGCAGUACGACUGUCUCUGUAUGGCCCCUACUGUUGCUGAAAACACUACAGAUAUCCUUGGAGAUCCUUUAGAGGGCACUUCAGUCUGGUACUGGAACAACACUGGUCUGCCAAUGAACACCACGUGGUCGUCCCUCUCAAAGACAGACUGCCUGAAGUACAAAGGGGAGCUGGUGGGCAAGUCCUGCGAAUUUAUCCCAGACAUCACCCUCAUGUCCUUCAUCUUGUUCUUUGGCACAUACGCCUGCUCAAUGAGUCUGAAGAAGUUCAAGACCAGCCGAUUUUUCCCCACCACUGUGAGGAAUCUCAUCAGUGACUUUGCCAUCGUCCUGGCCAUCCUCAUCUUUUGUGGAGUCGAUAUGCUUGUCGGAGUCGAUACUCCUAAACUUAUUGUGCCAAGUGAAUUCAAGCCAACAAGUCCUAAGAGAGGCUGGUUUGUCCCACCGUUUGGAGCAAACCCCUGGUGGGUUUACCUGGUAUCAUCUGUCCCUGCCCUGCUAGUCACUAUACUGAUCUUCAUGGACCAACAGAUUACUGCUGUGAUUGUCAACAGGAAGGAACACAAACUGAAGAAAGGGGCAGGUUACCAUCUGGAUCUGUUCUGGGUGGCUAUUCUGAUGGUGGUUUGCUCCUUCCUGUGUUUGCCGUGGUAUGUGGCUGCCACCGUCAUCUCUAUCGCUCACAUCGACAGUCUAAAGAUGGAGACAGAAACAUCGGCUCCGGGAGAGCAGCCGAAGUUCCUGGGUGUGAGAGAGCAGAGGGUCACUGGUGUGUUUGUGUUCAUCCUGACAGGACUGUCUGUACUCAUGGCUCCAAUUUUAAAGUUCAUCCCCAUGCCUGUGUUGUAUGGAGUCUUCUUAUACAUGGGAGUUGCCUCUCUAAAUGGAGUACAGUUUAUGGAUCGUCUGAAGCUGUUGCUGAUGCCAGCUAAACACCAGCCCGACCUGAUUUACCUGCGACAUGUUCCCCUCAGAAAGGUCCACCUCUUCACCUUCCUCCAGGUGCUUUGCUUGGCUCUGCUCUGGAUCCUCAAAUCCACAGUGGCUGCCAUCAUUUUCCCUGUUAUGAUCCUCGCUCUGGUGGCUGUCAGGAAAGCAAUGGACUACAUGUUCUCUCAGCUUGACCUCAGCUACUUGGAUGACAUCAUCCCAGAGAAGGACAAGAAGAAGAAGGAGGAUGAGAAGAAGGGCAGCAUCGACAGCGAUGCAGAAGAUGAGAGAAGUCUCCAUCAUUCCUUGAGCGACAUACAUCGUGCUGAGAAAUUUCACUAUUACCAGGGCAACUGCUUGUCUAGCAUUAAAGGUCGCAAAAGGUCAGAAGACGCACUAACUACCGAACAUAUAAUCCCUGAGAUGAGUCCACUGAAGUCUGUGCCUCAGAUUAGAAUAGAAAUGGAACCAGAUGAUGAUAAUCCAUUCUACUGGAAGAGCAGAGGAACUGAAACAACCCUGUAGAGCACUGAACCUCCUGCAUCACCCACACAACUCUUUUUCUGAAUUUACUCUUUUAAAAUUCUAUUCUGAUUCACUGAAAAAUCUCCUGGAAUUUAACUUUUGUUUUGAACAAGUGGUACAAAAAAAAGAGAGAGAACACUAAAGUAAUGUAAAGCUUUUUUCCUGUUAAUGAAGCCGUUUUAAAACAAUGUCUUUUCUUGCACUUUUCUCGUAGCUCCACACUUAACGGCGUUCGUCUUUCUGACUCAAAAACACUGAUACCCCUGUACUACUUUUCUAUGCAAUUAUCCCUCACAUUGGUGACACGGUAAAUGCUGCAGCUCUCUGGCCAUGCAUGGAGUUCCCUCCCUGCUGUUUUGAUGUAUAAAUAAAUAAAAAUGAUUUUUUUUUUCAUAUGCAUUGAAUUACUCUAAUAACAUUUUCCUGUAGCAGGAAAGUUAUGUUUUAUAGCUCUACCUCUUGUUUUAGAUUCAGUGCUUAUGAUGAACAAACGUAAAAAAAAAAAAAAAUGUUGAUUUCUGUUGCAGCUUUGGGGUUUUUGAUAUUUUCUUUCUGUCCUUUUGCAGAGUUGAGAUGAUUUAAGAGAUUCACUGUGUUAUAUAGAAUGUGAAGGAACUGUGUGCAAAUAGAUUAAAUUAAUUAACCAUUAAUUAAAAAUGCAUAUUCGUAUGUGCAGAUAAGAAAUAUUUUUUAUCAUGAUUGCUUUACAUUCUCUUUUUAAUUAUUUUACAUGUUCACUUCAGAGCUUUUGUUACUCGUUUAAAUUAAAUCAGCUGCGUCUUUAUCUUUUAUUUUUUUUUAUUAUUCUGUUAUUUCUUAUAUCAGUACUUUUUCCUCGUUGCGGGUAGAAAACAGUUCAGCAAAACAUAAUCAUCAAAUUUUCCUCAGCCAAACCCUAAAACUCUGACUCAGAGUGCAAAUCAUGAUUGCUUGUGCUUUACCUAAGUGGCUUAUAUGAGAUUGAUUGAGACUGAAAUCUUCAUGGUAAUAGGACAAGAGGAGAGGUUGUUUGUGUUUUAUCAAUUGAAAAAGGGGAAUUUUCAAGAAUGUGCAAAAUGCUUUUAGCGGCUGUAAGGUAUUAGCAUUAGUUUUAUACUAAUAUGACAAUUCAAAAAUCCCGUAUCCAGCUCUGUUGAGUGAAAACAUACUUUUAUAAACUCAGCUGAAGUGAACACAAACCAGCAAGUGUACACACUGACUGUAUCGUACAAGCUCUGUUAAAUUCAACUAAUCCAUUUAACUUCUUCACAGGUUUUAUUUGUUAAUCCUGGAAAAAAAAGAGUUAUUGCUUUAACUUGGAUUCAAUGUGCAAGUGAGUAAUAAUCUGUUGCUUGUUGCUAGGACAACAGCUUCAGGCAAACAAGACGACAACUAUGUUAAAUACAAGAAAUGUACAUAGAACUAACUCAACAUUUCUCCACUGCAGCUCAGCAAGCAAACUUUUGUACUGAAAAGAUUGUAACUUUUUUUUUUAAACUGGUUUGUUGGCACUGCAUAUUAGGAAUGUGAUUUGUCCUUCAUAUUUUAUAUUAUUGUUGCAAGAGGUUAUUGUUUCAUGGCCAGUGUAGCAGAAAAGGGAAAAUGACUUGCAUAUAUAACAUAUAUAUAUAUAUAUAUACAUAUAUAUAUCGUUGUAUUUUUUGGGAAUAAAAUGAAGAGGAAAUUCAGCUCAAAUCCAGCUCAAAAGUUGCUUGUUGUAUCUGUUUCCUAACAUUCGUCUCAGAGUGAGAAGGUGUGUCCACAGUUACAAAAAGAAGAAUAAAACCUCUCAAAUGUGACAGCUUCACUUUUAUUGGCUAGUUAUUUUCUGCAGGACAAAAAAAAAAGCUUCUCAAGCACCAACACUGUACCAAUGGCUUGCAGACGCAGUUUCUGUCUUUGAUUUUUUUUCCGAGGUCUAAUCGAGCCACAGAUUUGUUCUUAUUGUCCUCAGCACCACUACAGAAACACAGACUGUGAUCAAGUAGCCGCCUUCUUCCACUUUUGUACAUAAAGACCUUCAGUACAAACCAAAAUGCAACAAGUGAAUCUGUUCUUUACUUUGUUGCUGCCAGCGAUGUCAUUUCAAUUCCACAGCACUGUCUGUAGCUGUCAACUGAACGUUGAAGCAAGUGUGAUUUAUUGUUGGUGACACAUUAUGUGAUGAGAUGUAAGACUAAAUCUUCAAAAUGGAAUCAAAACAUUGUUAAUGAGGUUAAUUAUAGAUGAAAUACUGGGUGUGUUUUUUUUUAAUUAACUUUUUUUUGACAUUCUAGUGAAGGAUAAAUUGUUCAUUUUAGAAUUUAUAUUUUUCAAAUGAAAUGUAUAUUAAAAAAAAGAAAUAAACAGAAAUGAUCAGUGA